AUGGCCCAGAAAUAUGGGAAGACCUGUGCACAGGUGGCCAUUAACUGGGUCCUAUGCCAGGGUGCUGUAGCCAUUUGUGGUGCUCGCAGUGGGGAGCAGGCGGCCGAGAACGCCGGCGCCAUGGGCUGGCGUUUGAGCGCCGAGGAUGCGUUGCUGCUGGGUGCCUUAGGUGCUCGUGGGGAAACCUCCGACUUUCAGCAUGGCUGA